AGUGAGAAGGGGACUGAUCGCUAGCUUGGGUGCUAACGAUUAUAGAAACUGGGGUGAACGUGGAGAUGUUUCACAGGGUGUGCUUCCUUUUCUAAAAGCGCAUAUUGGAUACCUGUUUGUCACGAAGAGGCCUGGAGGACGGGCCGUUUUCAAACGGAACCAACAUACAUUUCUGCAUGUAUUGUAGCUAACCAUCGCGCCGUGUAGCCACAGCAGCUCCAGCCGGAGCCCGUCUCCAAAACAAGAAUGGGGUCUAGGUCCACAUCACGGCUUAGGUAAAUAAAGUGACCUUUGGUUGUGUUCUCUAAAUGGCAAAUUUCACGAAUUACCAAGAAAGCAAAGCCGCUAUGUUGUUAGUGGAGACGCAACAGAGGGUCAUCGGGACGAAACCAGCGGCGGCGGCGGCCAACAGCAACGACACCUCGGUCGGGGAACCCCCUUCCCUAUUAUUGAAUAUCGGUGGCGUCGGAGCCAGCGGAGCUCGUGUCCAUCAGCAGCACUUUCCACCCUCCAGACAACAUCACUACCCCCAGAGCUCGCUGCCCAAAGAACAACAACACCCGCUGUCGCACCACUACCAGGCGGCGACGCAGCAACCGCAGCAUCAUCUCUCCGGUGAAAACAUAACGGAGUCCCCGGUAAGGAAAGCUUCGUCGUCGUCUUUGAACCUGGUACAACAGGACCCUGCUGCUAGCCACCACACACACGCCGCGUCGGUAAACGCAGCGUCGGCCGCGAUACAACUCGCCGUGAAUGCUAAUGUUAGCGUGGCUACCUCAGAAGGUGUCGUGGACGACAUUCAGAAGUGUGGCUAUCUGCGGAAACAGAAACACGGCCACAAGAGGUUUUUCGUGCUGAGGGCGGCCAGCCACCUAGGCCUCAGCCGGUUGGAGUAUUAUGACAGCGAGAAAAAAUUCCGUAAUAGCCUGCGGUCUGCUGCUGCAGCCGCCGCAACCGGUACGGCCGCCCCUUCUCCCCCGAAAAGGGUGAUCUAUCUGUAUCAGUGCUUCACUGUCAACAAAAGAGCAGAUUCCAAAAACAAACACCUCAUAGCCCUCUACACUAAGGAUGAAUACUUUGCGAUUGUGGCUGAAAAUGAGCAGGAACAAGACGACUGGUACGUUGCCCUGAGUGAAUUGAUGAGUGAGGGGAAAAAGGGUCAUCUAGACUCUGAUGAGUUGGAUGAUGGCUACGGUACCGUCACACCAGGUACGGUUUUCAAAGAGGUGUGGCAGGUGAACGUGAAACCCAAAGGGCUGGGUCAGACCAAGAACCUCACAGGUGUGUAUCGUUUAUGCCUCUCUACUAAAACUAUCCACCUGGUCAAACUAAACUGUGAGACGCCAUGUGUCAACCUUCAGCUGAUGAACAUCAGACGCUGUGGACACUCAGAAAGCUUCUUCUUCAUGGAGGUGGGUCGGUCAUCCUCUAUAGGCCCUGGGGAGAUAUGGAUGCAGGUAGAUGACUCUGUAGUGGCACAGAACAUGCACGAGACCAUUCUGGAGACCAUGAAGGCUCUGAAGGCCUUCACCGAGAUCCGCCCCAGGAGCAAGAGCCAAUCGUCUGGCUCCAACCCCAUUGCUUUCAUCACCACCCGCCGUCACCUAGGCAACCUGCCUCCGAGCCAAACAGGUCUCCAGCGCCGCUCCAGGACCGAGUCGGUGGUUGGGACGCCGCCAUCAAGUAAGAGCUCUGGCGCCAGCGGCUAUCGCUUCCGAACAUCGAGCGAGGGUGAGGGGACGAUGAACCGGCCGUUCCGCUCCGUUACUGGCAGCCUGAUCCACCUGAACACCGCCCGGAUCCACCUGGGGCGCCAGGAGGGCGGGGUAGGGGCGGGGAACACCGGGAGCACCGGGGGAGUAGGGCGCUACGCCAGGGCGCUACCAGGCUCCACCUACCACGCCCGCUCCGCCUCACUCCCCGUCUCCCACUUCCCCUCCACCACCUCCCCCGUCAGCGUGUCCAGCAGCAGCGGGCACGGCUCGGUCUCCGAUACCCUCACCCGGCCCUCCUCCGCGUCAAUCUGCGGUUCCCCCUCCGACGGAGGCUUCAACUCCUCAGACGAGUACGGCUCAAGCCCUGGGGACUUCCGCUACUUCCGGGUCCGGAGCAACACGCCUGAUUCCCUGGGCAACACCCCACCUAUCAGAGAGGAGAACAGCAUGAGCGACUACAUGGUCAUGGGCUGGCACCGCGAGGUGUUUGGUGCGGGCGGCGGGGGAGGGAGUAGUUCUGGUAGCGUGGAGACCCCCCACCGGGACGAGAGCACGUCGACGGAUGACGACCGGUCCCUGAGGAGGCAGACCCACUCGUUCACGCGGCCCGGGGGUCAGGGUGGUGUUACCAGCGGCAGCAGUGGCGUGACUGUGUACCAGAAGAUGACCCAGACCACCUUCUCGCUGGACGAGUCGGUGUCCGUGAGAGAGGCCCUGUCUCUGGGCCGUACCGACAGCAUCACCCAGCCUUCCUCCUCUUCUUCCUCCCUCCGCUCUGACUACAGCUCCUGCUCCGAGCACAGCCAGGGCCGACCCCCUCCUCCCUCCUCCUCCUCGGCCAAGGAGGACAGCGGCUACAUGCCCAUGUUGUGUGGGGUGGCAGCCUCACCCUGUGACGCCCCGGACUACAUGCCUAUGCAAGCCAGCUCCCCCUCUCACCACCACCACCAUCACCAACCCUCCCACUCUCCCCAAGCCCCCAGCUCAGCCCUAGCCCCACGUUCGCCCCAACAGCCCACAGACCCCAGCGGCUACAUGAUGAUGCUACCAGGGGGGCGGAGCUCCUCUUCCCCAGUCCAGGCCUCCCCCAGCCCCCACAGCAGUAGCAGUAACAUGGGUCUGGGUGGAGUUAGUGUCAGUAGUUCUGGUAGUAUAGUGGAGCGUCCUGAGAAUGGAGAAUACAUGGACAUGUCUUACAGCAUAGGAGGAGGUGGAGGGGACGCGGCAGGGGGACGGAAGCUCUCCAACGAGGGGGGAUACUAUGCACUGAGCACCCCUGAAGGGAGAGACCCUAAAUCAUACAGCCCCUACUUCUCCCUGCCUCGCUCCUACAAGGCCCCCGCUGCAAGAGAGAGAGAACAGAGGGAACAUGAUGAGUAUGUGCCUAUGAGCUCCCCGGCGAAACCAGUCUACUCCCAGAUCGCUACCGGCAACGUCGCCGAGAGGGGCGUGACGACGAGGGGUGUUGGUAGUGGGGGGUCAGACACCCAUCACAUCCCGCCUCACGCCUACCCGCCCCCUCCCUACGGGGUGCACCACCAAGCGGCUAACGGUGACCGACGGACGACCCCGGUCCGGCCCAACCGCCUCCCCCUAGGGCGCCGCAGCUUCCACGGGUCUCUGAGGGUCAGCGAGCCGGCCGCCGACGAGGUACUCUCCAGCCCUGGAGAGUACAUCAACAUCGAGUUUGGGGGCUGCUACAGACCCCCCACGUCCUAUCCUCUCUCUGCCCAGGAUGGUUCAUCCUCGGUGGGCUCUGCUGAGCAGCGCCGCUCCCCUCCCCACCCCCAUCCUCAGAACCAGGACUAUAUGAGUGUAGAGGUGGGGGUUGGAGGUGGUGGUAGUGGGGUUGAUGAUGGAGGUCGCCUGGCUAAGAACAAGUCUCCCAGACCCUCUCUGGUGGCUCCCUGGAACCCACCCAGCUACAUCCGACCUCUUGCCACUGGGGCCUCCGUGAGUGGGGCCCCUGGUUCUUCUGGAGCUCGAUGGCGGACGGGGACAGAUGACUACACAGAUAUGACCUUUAACCUCAGCAGGGGUGAGGAGUCGCGGGGGUUACGGAGUAGCCCCACGGCCAUGCUGCAGCAUCUGUGUUUGAUGGAGGGCCGCUACCCCCCCACCUUACCCCCCAACUCUGCCUCCCCUCCCUCCUCCAGCCCCCAGCCUGAGCCCAUCAAGGUGGUACGCGCGGACCCCCAGGGGCGACGCAGACACAGCUCCGAAACCUUUUCCUCAUCCUCCACCUCCGGAGGAGGCGGAACCACAAGCUCCAGCACCAACCCCUCCUCGGACUCAGCCAACCCCUCAGCCCUCAACGUAGCUCCUUUGGCUGAGAGCUCCAAGUGGACCGGCUCUGGCUCCUUUGACAGUGUGUGGAUGUGUGUUGAGGGGGUAGCGGGGGACUCGGCCGGCCUCCAUGCCCGGCCAGGGCCUUCUGAUCUGGGCAUGGCCUCUGCCUCAUCUGGGUGUCCUCCUGGAGGUCGGAUGUGCAGGAACAUGUCUGUAGGGUAUCAGAAUGGACUCAACUACAUCGCCCUGGAGCUGAGAGAGGACCGGGACUCUAACCCUCUACCCAUACCCCAGCAGCAGGGGGGCACCGGGCAUGGUACCGGGGCGACCCCCAACGCUCCCCAAGCCAGUAACGUGACUGUGCCAGUAGCGGAGGACAACGGAGCCUACGGCUGUAUAGACUUCAUCAAGUCAGACGGGAUGACUGCCACGUCCAAGGACUGAUGAUGGAUGGAGGGAUCUGAGAGGGGUGCAUCACAGACCCCCUAACCCCCUCCACCGUGGCCUUCAACACCCCCACACCACACUUUGACCGUCAACCCCUCAACCUCAACCCCCAAGGCCAGCCCACGAGGUCACACCCCCUCUGAACAACAACAACCGCAACAUCACUAAAACGAUCGAAGACGAAGACUGAAGGCACUCGCAUUUGUGUUUUAAUAAUUUUUUUGUUACUUUGUUUUUAAUGAUAUUUUGUUUUUUCUCAGACCGUCUGGUUCUGAGGCUGCUGUCGAUGUUAAAGGACUUUAGAUAUAAUAACUUUUAUUUCUGAUCUAACAGUACGAAAAGGGAGCUUUGCUUAAACAGUUGAGUAUGGCUGUAUAACAGUAAUGAAUAAUACGUCUUAGAGACUGGGUGGAGGCCGACCGGUCAGUACAGUUUUCUCUUAAGACUUAUAUACACACUACUAUAUUUAUUGCCACAAAAGGUUUCAGGUGCAUUUAUUAUGUUAACAUGAUUUAUUUAGUAUUUUUGUAUUAGGUAGCAGAGAAGGGUACUGGACUCAACGAUGGUCCCAGUUUUCCUGAUGAAAAAGAUUUUCUGUAAAAGAAGCAGGUACUUUAUUUCCACUUAAGGGCCUUAUUAGCACAGUUCUGGUACAGUGUGUGUGUGUGACGCUUACACAAACACACACACACACACACACUUUCACAUAUCUGGCUGCUUGUCUGUCCUCUUUAGGCUACAUUGAAUGACUACACACACGUGUCAGUGUGUCCUGUUUAGGCUAGGCGACACCUGUUGUUUCUGUGACUCCACUAGUCUGUCAGCAGGGCUGCUGGUUCACAUAAACACACACAGGGGGCCUGGGCCUCGUUAGGGGUCCCAGUAAUCCGACUCUACCCCCCAAGGUGCAACGUGCUGGGCAUAUUUGCCCCCUGUGCAACACACACACACACACACACACACACACACUCAAUACACACGUGGACACGCACACAUACUCAUACAAACACACAUCUCUGUCAGCCUCUAACUUCCCUGCUUAUGAACUCUAGACCCUUCCCACUGCCAAUAGGAGAGAGAGAGAGAGAGGAGGAGGAGGGGGGGUGAGGGUCUAUUCUCGAUCUAAACAGAUCCACCAGUGGUUUGCUGGAAAUGACCUUAGGGUUAGCGCUGGGGGAAGUAGCUACAACAAAGGGUUGAAAACGAGAUGAGAGGUGCAAUACUUUCUGUUCAAUGUGUUGCUUGGAAUCAGUCGCUUUGUUCGCCUCAACACAACAGCUGCCCAAACACGUCACGCAUCUUCGCAUCUUGCCAAAACAACGCACAUUUCCACCAUCGACUCGCCACACGACAAGACUCAUGGGUUUUAUUUUCUGAUAGGAAAGGGUAGAAGUUAGAAAAACGAGUGUCAGCGCACAACUUGAGAACAGAGGAGUGAUAGAAAGACCAUCGGAACUCUGAAAGCUGAAGGCCUUCCUCUUUUUUAUUAUUUUCUUUCAUUUUAAGUAUUUUACUUUUACGCAAGUAUGACAAUUAAGUACUUUUUUUCACCACUGGUUAAAUACCACAAUAACUUUAAGCAGUGCUUUGCUGCAAGCCUGUACAUGAUGUUUGCAUUAUAGUACAGCACAUAAGAGCAAAAUCCAAUGGGUACAGAUGAGUGUUAACUGCAGGCUUAACCUUAGCGGACUAAACUCCACUGAAUGGAACUUCACCAAAUGUAUUUUGACUCAAGUGUGCCAUGGGUGUUUGUAUAACAUUCCUCUAUUCUUUUUUUUUUUUUUACCUCCCUCUCCCUUCUGAAAGGCUGGAAGCUGUUAGUCCUAGAGGACUGUUGUGUAUUUUGCGGUAUAAUCUCUGUCAGCCUUUUAUGUAGUUAACCCACUGUAGAGGAGAGAUGGAUAGAGAGAGAAAGGGGGCUGGAGGGAAGAGGAGAUGUUAGUGGCUUGACUGUA